CAAACAGGGUGAGGCAGGGAGAUGGACAGGGUGUGUUAAACCUGCUGGGACAUGCUCAGCUUAGGACCUGAUUUAUUAACAGGCCCAUUGGCGGGGUGAACAUUCCCCCAUUUCUGAAACAGGAAACAACCCCCUGGACAGGGCUGGGAAAACAGACCAGAGUGCUGGAGCCUGAACCCACUAGGCAGAGACUGCUGAGAAAUACAAAGGAAGGUGCUGGGAUUCCUGACCCUGUUCCCUGCGCAGAACUCUGCUUCCCACAUCAGCCUGUGCCUAGUAGAUGGGUGAUAAAUGAGAAGAUCCCCGCACUUCCCCAUCUGCUGGGAGGUACAAGGGGCUCUAGCCUUCUCUCUGUUCCCCGGAGCCUCCUGGCCACUCUGAGCAAGGUGGUGGUGGGAUUCUGCUCCACUGACCCUCCCAGAGCUGUCCUAUUUUUGGGCUUCUUUCCCCAUGAAUAGUGGGAUUGUGGCUGGGGCACCAGGCACUGAGUGGGGAGCACCUGUUGUUUCAGAUGCCGGUGACCUUCGAGGAGGUGGCUGUGUAUUUCACCGAGGGGCAGGGGGCUCUGCUGGACCCUGGUCAGAGAGCACUCUACAGGGACGUCAUGCAGGAGAACUAUGAGACUGUGACUUCACUGGGACUUCUCAUUCCCAAACCUGACCUGGUCGCCCAGCUGGAAGCAGGGGGAGAGCCAUGGGUCCCGGAUCUCCAAGCCUCUGAGGAAAGGAAGGUCCCAAGACACACUCACACAGCAGGUGACCAGACAAAGAGUGAGAAUGAGGAGGAGACUCCACAGCAGGAAGGUCCUGAGCAGGUGGAAAUGCAGGGAACCAUUUUGAGAUCUGACAGUAAUUUUACCCAGUGCUUGGAACAGAGAACAGCCUGGAGUAAUUGGCGCAGGUCAGAGAGGAAACUGGGAAACAACCCAAGGGAGAAAGUGGAUGAAUCUAUUGAAUGUGGGAGAGGAGGCAAUGGUCCCAAGGAAACCACAGCCCAGCAGACAAAUCACACAAAAAAGAGAUCCUAUAAAUGCUUGGACUGUGGGAAAAGCUUCAGUUGGCUGUCUGGCUUUAUAAAGCAUGGGAGAAUUCACACAGGAGAGAAACCCUAUGAAUGCUUGAAGUGUAGGAAAACUUUUAGUCAGCACUCAGGCCUUGCUAGCCAUGGAAGAAUCCACACGGGAGAGCGUCCCUAUAAAUGCCUUGAGUGUGGGAAAAGCUUCAGUCAGCUCUCAGGCCUUAUUUGCCACAGGAGAAUCCACACGGGAGAGAGGCCAUAUAAAUGCUUUGAUUGUGGGAAAAGCUUCAGUGCACCAUCAGCCCUUAUUGUACAUCAGAGAAUCCACACUGGAGAGAAACCUUACAAAUGCUUGGACUGUGGGAAAAGUUUCAGUCAGAGUUCUGGUCUUACUAGCCAUGGGAAAAUCCACACAGGAGAGCGACCAUAUAAAUGCCUUGAGUGUGGGAAAAGUUUCAGUGCACCAUCAGCCCUUAUUAUACAUCAGAAAACACACAUGGGGGAGGAAUCUUUAAAAUGCUUGGACUGUGGGAAAAGUUUCAGUCAACGCUCAAGCCUUAUUAAACAUGGGAGAAUCCACAAGGGAGAGAAACCCUUUACAUGUUUGAACUGUGGGAAAAGUUUCAGUGAGAGCUCAAGCCUUAUUAAGCAUGGGAGAAUCCACACGGGAGAGAAACCUUAUAAAUGCUUGGACUGUGGGAAAAGUUUCAGUCAGAGCUCUGGCCUUAUUAGCCAUGGGAAAAUCCACACAGGAGAAGGACCAUAUAAAUGCCUUGAGUGUGGGAAAAGUUUCAGUGCACCAUCAACCCUUAUUAUACAUCAGAGAACCCACACCGGGGAGAAACCUUAUAAAUGCUUGGACUGUGGGAAAAGUUUUAGUCGGACCUCAGGCCUUAUUAGCCAUGAAAGAAUCCACACAGGAGAGAAACCCUUUAAAUGUUUGGACUGUGGGAACAGUUUCAGUCAGCGCUCAAGCCUUAUUAAACAUGGGAGAAUCCACACGGGAGAGAAACCCUUUAAAUGCUUGGACUGUGGGAACAGUUUCAGACAGCGCGCAAGCCUUAUUAUGCAUGGGAGAAUCCACACAGGAGAGAAACCCUUUACAUGCUUGGACUGUGGGAAAAGUUUCAGUCAGCGCUCAAGCCUUAUUAAGCAUGGGAGAAUCCACACGAGGGAAACCCCAUAAAUGCUUGGAUGAAGGGAAAAGCUUCAGUCCCAGCUCAUAACUUCAUAAACGUCUGAGAAUCCACAUGGGACAGAAUCUAUAAAUGCUUUGACUGUGGGAAAAGUUUCAUUUGAAGAUCAAACCUUGCUUGACAUCAGACAGUCCACACAAGAGGGAGAACUCAUAAAUGCUUGGAUUGUGGGAAAAGCUUCAAUAACUGCAGGAAAAGAUUCAGUGUGAGCUUACACAUUAUUCCUUAUCAGAUAAUUCACAGAAGAAAGAGCUUGAAUUGGGGGAAGCUUCAUUUGGUGCUCACAGGGCAUCAAGCGUCAGCAAAUCCACACAGGGAAGAGCCUCUCGGAUGUCCUUAGCACGAAAAAUGCUUAGUUGGAGCUAACACCACAUUGGACAGCAGAGACUCCUCCACAAAGGAGAGAAAUUCUCUCAGUGCCCUGACUAGGGCUAGCCAUAGUGAAAACUCCAUUUCCUAAUUCCCACACACAGCAGUGGCAUUUGGCUCUCAAGUUUCCAACUGCCCGUCUCUAGGGGCAGGUUCCAGCAGCAGCUGAUCAGUGACCUCCUGGCUUUGCCUGGUCUAAGCAAACCCCAGGCAGAGGAGGAGAAGUCCCGAUCAGCCCCUCCUCCCUGCUGCAGCCCUGGCUGCUGAACUGAUGGGCCUUCCUGCCUCCUGGUAACUUGCUGGGGGAAGGGAGAGAGAAACUGCUUGUGACACUACACCCCAUAUUCUUCACAGUACUAUUACUAUGAUAUUAUUAUGGCAUAAUUAUGAUGCAUUUUGCACAAGAGGGGUCAUGUAAAAUGUCAUUGGAUAAGUUCUGAUUUGCUGAAUAUGAAUAUCCUAUUUGUACGCAUGUAUCAUUUUGGUAUCUGAAGUUAUGAAUCAUGACUAUGGCCUUGUCUACACUGGCACUUUACAGCGCUGAAACUUUCUCACUCAGGAGUGUGAAAAAAACUCCCCCUUGAGCGAUGCAAGUUUCAGCGCUCUAAAGUGCCAGUGUAGUGGCACCAGGGCUGGGAGCCAUGCUCCCAGUGCUGUUAGCUGCCCCUCAUGGGGGUAGUUUUUUUAGAGUGCUGGAAGAGCCGCAGCAGUUGUUAGUGUAGACAAAGCCUUUGUAUCUUUAUUUCAAAUAUAGUUACACCUGGGUGACACUCACUAGGCAAGAUGCUCCCAGUCUAGACAGCUGGUUAGGAAGGGCCUAUAUUAGGUAAUGAGCCAUCGGGGGAAACAAUAGGCCUUAGGAGAAUCUCAUCCCCCCACCUGGUGAGCCUUCCUGAGUAUGCUCCAGACAGCCUAUGAGUAAUGAGUGCUAUGACUCAGCAAGGUAUGGAAGGGCAUGUGACCAGACCACAUGACACUGAUCUCUGUUUUGGGUACCUAUGUUUUUCCACAAACUGGUCUGGGAACCAAGGUUGAAAGAAAGGGUUUCUGCCAUAUGGAACAGCUAUGUAAGGGAGUGACAUCAUUGGUGGUUGUUCACUCUCCCACUGCUGAACACCUGCUGAAAGAAGCUCCAAAAGAAAAUGACUUGGAACAGGGGUAAGGAGCCCAAGCUGCAAAGCAAGUGCAGCUUGUGUCUUCAGCAUCUGCAAGCCUGCUUGUAUCAUCAGUCAGGAUGAAAAAUUGUUAAUUCAUAUCCAAUCUUUCUAGUCUUUUAGGCUUAGUUUGUGGUUUUGUUUGUUUACUAGAUAAUCUGCUUUGAGCUGUUUGAUAUCACUUAUAAUCACUUCACUUCGAUUUUUCUGUAGUUAAUAAUCUUGUUUAAUGUUUUAAUCUGAAACAGUUUGCUUCUGAGUUAAGUGUCAGGGGAAAAUCUGAGGCCAGAACCUGGGAAAGGAGGAUAAGGGAACAGAUGGACACACACAUGCACAGAAUUUUUCUGAUUAUCAUCUCCCUGACCCUCACCCCAGUUACUAGGUCAGUCUGUGCAGUCAGGUGAUAAUGGUGAUGUCGCCAGUCCUUGAUGUGGUCUUUCAAGGGGGUCUCUACUACCCCCAAUUGGCUUUUUUCAGUUGGCCCCUAGGAUCUAAUUAGACCUAGCAGUCUAUAGAGACAACCCAAGAUAGAGAGGAUGCCACUGUUUCUGCCCAUGCCUAUCCACCCUCUCUGUGCUCUCUCCUUUUAUAGCUGGUUUUGUCUCCCUUACUGAUUGCAGCUGUGGGAGCCUGCCUCUGUUAUUGGCAGUAGAGGCAGCUGUGUGGGGAUGUGGUCAGGCUGCUUGCUUGCAGGCAGGAGGGGCUCCCCUCCUCCUAAAAACCUUUGCUCAGUAUGAGGUUUGUAGAUUUCCCUUUACAAGUAGACAGGAGUGAAAGUGCAUCAUUUUUCAGGCCUGCUCUAAAAUGCUGUCUCUGAAUAACCAGCUGCUUUCUGUGCUCACAUAUUGGACACAGCUGCCCAGACCCCCAUCUCCCUCCAGUUCUGCUUGCAUUUCCUAGACCGGCUUCUCCACUAGGGAUCCCCUGUUUCUAAUCAGGUCCCUGUGGAGGAAGGGAUGAGGAAACAGAAACACAAAUCUCUUUCCCUCACCCACAAGCUGUCAGUCCCCGUUCCUUUCCUGGUGGGGAACUAAAGUAAAACUGGCCCAUCAGGGCUGUGAGCAGGAAAUCGCCUCCCUCCCCCAGGGCAAUGACCCAAAGGCUCCCCACCAGCAUACAGAAGCUGAAUGUCCAUGUGAUAGGGGUUCAGGGGCCAGGUUGGAAUGUGCUGGAAUCUCAGUCUGGGCCAUAGUGGGGCAGAUGAUCCCAUCUCACACAACCACACCCAGCAAGGCCCGCACUGAUUUUCUCCCUUUUUGUCAGCCCCAGCAGAGAGACCAGGGACUCAUUGGCCCACAGAGACCAAGCUCCUGUCCCCUGGGUGAGGGCUGGGGCCCAAUGGCUGAGGGCAGCGGGAGUGAGGGGAUCUUGCACUAGGGGUCCUGCACUGCACAGGGUGUGGGAUAAACAGAGAGCUCUAGGGGUGCCUGGUUCAAUGCUGCGUGUGCUGGCCAAGAGGGCAGCAGUCACAUCUGUUCUUAGCCUGGCAGCUACUGCUUCUGUUUCCCUGCACAGUCUCCCCAGCUCUCGUGGACUCCUGGCUCUUUGCAGAUGGUAGCAGGUGUGUGGGGAGCUGGCCCAGGGGCUCCUGUGCUGUACAGGGGGUGGGCUAACCAGAGAACUCCAGGCCCCAAGGCUCUCAGGCCACUUGUCCAGUCUGGCUGCAGGAGGAGAUCUGGGGACAGACAGAGGGGGCCUGGGUGACCCUGGGGAGCAGCCACAUGGGACCAGAAAUGGAACUCCAGCUGCGGUGAGAAUGGAGCAUUUGCCAGGGAUGUGGGUAGUUACAGGGGCUGCCGUAUAGCUGGUACAGUGAUGCAGCUAUUUAAUUCAUUGCACUGAGGAAUUCAUACAUUCUUGCAGCUGGAUGGUGUGAGCUGAAAUUAAUUAUCUGCUCCUGUUUUGCUGGAUAAUGCAUGGCUGGAGAUUUCUAGCCAUGAGUCACACUCCAUUCUGCGGCUGUUUCAUGUGGCUGGGCACUGCAUCCAAGAGUCUAUUGCGGCGGGUGGCUUUGAGAUUAGAUUCAACAGUGAAUCUGGGGAGUGGCCUUCUGGAACCAGAACAGGAACUGCAACUGCAAUGGGAAAGGCCUGCUGAGCUGAGAUGCUGCUGGGGAAGCAGCUGGUUACUUCAUGAGCAACGGGAUACAAUAUUGUUACAGAUCCUGACUCAUACUGUGAUGAGAUACAUUGUCAUGAUUAUGAAAGACAAACUGGUUACACGGUUGUAAAUUUCCUUCUAACCAGUCAGUCUUCCUGCUGUCAGCUCUGGUGGAUGGGCUCAGGCAGAGGAUCUCACUGCUGCUGGGUUGUUUUUUUUAGCUGGUGAACAUAUUGCCUGAGAAUUGUAGUCAUCAGUCAGACACACACAGUUACUUUUGGCCAACAGAAGUGACCUCCAGGAGCUUUGAGGAGGAGGCUGGUGAGAUGAGUCCCUCAGUCCAUGUGACUUGCAGCUGACUGUCCAAUGAGACAAUUCCCAGACUGCUGAGUGGAACAGGGGGAUGGGGGAAGGGGGAUGCUAUCCAAUGACAAGGACAAAACACAUGGGCUCGGGUAGAGUGAAACGAGCCAGAAGCCAUGAGUACAAAUCAUCUCACUUCUACUGAGUGCUCCCAUCUCUUAUGGCUGACCAUGACUUCAUAUCCCCAGCCCUAGAACACAAUCUAGAAUUGGACACCUUUGCAGCCCAUUGUGCUAAUAAGUUAACAGAGAAGUUACACAAGGUCAAAAUGGGGACUAGAACUAGGGUCUCUAGUGUGGAAGCCCCAGGUAUUAGCUAUUCAUCCCCACUGGCUUUAGUCUCAAAGUGUCAAAUAUCCGUUGGCUCUCCUGUUGCUAACCGUUAUGCCACACCAGGGGUAUCAGAAUAGGGUGGGCAGGGGGCCAUGGCCCCAUCACUUUUAAAAGUGGGAGGGUUAUGUCUGCACUCUUUUUAGUGGCCACAAGGGUGAGGGACAGUGGGAGGGGCAGAGACUGAGCAGGAGAUGGGGCCUCAUGGGGGAAGGGGCAGGCAAGGGUGGGGCCUCAUGGGGAAGGGGCAUUGCAAGAGUGGGAGCUUGAGGGGAAGGGAUGGCACAGGGGCCGCAGGAAAGGAGCAGUGCAGGGGGCGGGGUGAUGGUUCAGGUGCUGGUGUCCUCCUCCCCUCCCCCCACACACACACUUUUAAGGAGCUUCCCUCACACCCACCACAGUGAAGCCAGCAAUAGGAACCCAGAGUCCUGAUCACAAAUGUUCUACUGAUGACUAGCAAAUACUUGUGUAACCCACUGGAAAAGCAUGUAUCCUGUCCCUGCUGGUGGCUGUCCACACACAGCACAGCAAUUAUUCCCAGAGCUGAAGUGGUGGGGUGUGCGCUGGGGAUCUGAAGAGACAUGAUUCAAAUCCUGUAGCAGAUCCAGAGGGAGGGGAACUUUGUAGUUCAGUGUGUUUUGUAGUUUCUAUUUUGCUUUUUUUAAAAAAGCGUUGUUGUUAAUGGUUUAUUUUAGGGCUGUUGAUUACUCACAGUAAACUCAUGCAAUUAACUACAAAAAAUAAUUGUGAUUAAUCACACUGUGAAACAAU